AUGAGUAGGGGAUACGCUAACUUAAACGCUUUUAUAGACAAAGACAAACAGGACAGAUGGGCCAAUAACAGAGAAGGAGGAGGGACACAUAAGGACAGCAAAAGGAUUAAUCACCAUGAUCGUCACAAGAAAGAUUCGUAUAUGUCAAAUGAGAGAACUCACAAACAUGGACAUGUCUCCAGAGAUUUGAGGAGUCAAGCUUCUACCAAUGAUCAGCACCUCUCCUUCGGCAGGGGCAGCAAGAGGGGAGACCAUGAUGAGGGCAAGAAGGGGCCCCAGCGGGAUUUGAGGCCCCCUAGGGAGUGGCACAACCAGUCGGGAAGGAGCCGGAGCAGGUCACCCGUCAACGGUGGAAGUGUGUUGGGCAGCAGAGAGGACAACAAAGCAGACAACAAAGCGCAUAGCAACGCGGACAACAGAGCGCAUAGCAACGCGGACAGCCGAGCACACAGCAAAGCCCACAGCAGAGGGGACCACCGCGGUGACCACAGGGCUAACCGCAAAGAUGACCCCAAAGUACACUCCAAACCACCCAAGUCCUCCCAUCACCGUCACCACAAGGACGCGCAUCGGCAUCAUCGCAUAGACUCACACCGACAUCACCGAAGAGACUCGCGCCGGCACUAUCACCACCAGAAGGAGGUGGAAGCAAAAGAAAACUCAUCAGGUGGUGGUCUCCUAUGGAAUUGCGUCAAGAGUGUCUGCUCCUCCUUCGCAUCUGUCGUGAGGAAAAACAUUUUUGCCUCCGAAAAGAUCACAAAUGACAGCGGGAGGGGAAAAAUGAUUUCCGACCUCUCGAGGCUUAUAGACAAGAAUGCACAGAGGAACAAACAGAAGGAUUCAUUGCAAGAUGACCAUUCGACUACACCCCUAAGUAGAAACCACAUGGAAGCAGAGAAGCAAAAAAUGAAAGCUGACUUGUCCAUCUCAAGUAGGAACAACCAUGUCGAAAGGAAGGAUGCGAGAAAGGAAGAGGAGUUGCAUGAACGAGGCAAUAAUCUACUUAAGAAAAAUGAUGAGAGAAUGCCACGUCCGAUGAAAAAAACAAAAAACCGAUCAUAUGAAUUUUCAGAGGAUGAUAUGAAGAAUCUAUUUAUGUUAGAUGGUGAGGACAGGGGGGAAAGUCCCACGCAGGAGGAUGCAAAGCGGGUGAACAGUGGUGACGGUCGCGAUGCAAGGAGCGAACGCACUGAGUUCGUCCCAGAAACGGUUAAGAAGCACGAUGUGGGAGGAGCCGCAUCCGUGAAAGGAGAGGCAUCCAUGAGAGGAGAAGCAUCCGUGAAAGGAGACACAUCCGUGAAAGGAGACACAUCCGUGAAGGGAGGGGUAUCCGUGAAAGGAGACACAUCCCUGAAAGGAGACACAUCCGUGAAAGGAGGAGCAUCCGUGAGAGGAGACGCAUCCGUGAAAGGAGACACAUCCCUGAAAGGAGGAGCAUCUAUGGGAGGGCCGCAAUCAAUUCCAAACAUAGCGAUAAACAACGGAAGCUUUAAGAAGGGUAGCCAAAGGGAUGAUUUAAACUCGAGAGGACGCCAUGCGACCCAUUCGUCUGAGGAGGAGCACACACUCAGUAGGCGCGGGGGUCUUAAGCCUGGUGAGGAGCCAAGGCAGAGGAGAAAGGGCAACCUCCUUCCCACUUCUGGCAGUAGCAACGGGAGCAGCGGCAGCAGUAGUGAUGGCGAUAGGGAAGCACUCCGAAACGGCCUCUACAAGGACAGCAUUUUGAGGCAGCUUUUGCAAGAGAGCCAGGAACACAGCAUGGAAGAGGGGGAGGAGUAUAAAGAAGGGGGAGGCGAAGGGGGAGGCAAACCGAAGGGUAGACAACCCGCGGCGAGCAGAAAAACGAAUGCACCCGGUGAAAACGGCUACAUAAAUCACGGGCAGGGAAAGACCCCCCUUCAAAAUGGUACACACCAGCCGGGGGAUCAAAUAUCCUCUCUGCAAAGUGAGAACGUGGAGAAGUUGUAUUACAAACACAUUUUUGAAGACUCCGACGAGAGAGAGAAGUCAAUGGAGGAUCCCGACGACAGCUGCGCCGAUAGCUUUAAGAAUAUCUUUUACAAUCGGAAGAAGAAGAAGAAGGGGAAGAAGAAGAGGAAGGAAAAACUGGCCUGCACGCCGCAAACGGAGCAAGCAACAAACGGAGCAGAUGGAAAGGCGAAAAAGAGCGGCUCCGAGGUGGAAGAGGUGGACACAGGCGACGCACCCAACUCGGACGAUGCCUCCAGCGUGGACGCCGCCUCCAGCUUGAACGCCGCCUCUAACCUCGACGCCCCUAGCCUGGACGCCGCUUCCCACUCGAAGAGCCAGGCGCACAAGCAGGCGCACUACUUCCGAAGCUACAUCAAGAGCAGCGAGGAAAUAAAGCAAAUACGAUUCGAGUUUAAGCAGCUAAUCCAGACGAUAGACUCCUUCAUUGUGCAAAAUUCAACCAAUGAGGAAAUCUUCGGCGCGAAAAAUGUGGCUCAAGAUUAUGACCACAGCAGUGGAACGCAGAACUCGCACAAGAGAGAAAGCAAAAAUGAAACGACCUACUUAGAGAUGGACAAAGGGAACGACCAAGCAGAUGGAGGAUCUACAAAUGAACCGUGCAUGAGAUUUAUCGAUGGUGUUACGUCGGAGGAUAAAAGUGGAUACGUAAUACUUAAGAAUGAUGAGGAGUCCCUUAUAGAGGCCCUGGAAAAGCUCAGAAUUGAGAAGAGGAAGAAGGAGGAGGAGCAGGAGGCCAAGGAAAAGGACGCGAAGGUGAUGAAACCCAAAGACAAAGAAGCAGAUGACGAGGCAAAUCGAAUUGACAAAACAGAUGAGGCAGGUAUAAUAGACGCAGGCAUUUUCUUCAAGUGCAUUAAAAAGGACCAUUACGAAAAAGCAGCUCAGAUACUACGACAGAGGGGAGAGAACAAUGUCCUGAUUGAGAAGUUUAAUGUGCCUCUUUUGUAUUCACAAAUAAAAUGUCUAAUGGACACGAGGUGGCUAAACGACGAGGUCAUUAACUUCUACAUGAGUAUGCUACAGGAACAUAAUGAGAAAAAUAUGAAGAAGGACAAGCCAAAUAGCCAUUUGCCCAAAAUCUUCACUUUCAGCACUUUUUUUUUUCAAUCCCUGAGCUCGAAUGGGACGUACAACUACAGCAAGGUAUCCAGGUGGACAAAGAGGAAAAAGGUCGACAUCUUUUCCUUUGACUUAAUUUUGAUUCCUCUCCACGUCGGGGGGAACCACUGGACCCUGGGAUCCAUUAACAUAAAGGAGAAAAAAAUUAAACUAUACGAUUCUCUCAACAUGUCCAAUGCGAAGUUCUUUGAUUACAUGCGGCGCUACAUCGUGGACGAGAUGCGGGACAAGAAGCAGAUGGAGCUGGACGUCUCUGCGUGGGAGUACAGCCGGGACGGCCGUUCGGAGGUCGGAAUCCCCUGCCAAGAGAAUGGCUACGACUGUGGCGUGUUCACCUGCAUGUUCGCCAAGUGCCUGAGCUUUAACCGCCGCUUCGACUUCAGCCAAGGGGACAUCAGAGAAAUUCGAAUGAAAAUGGUUUACGAAAUAUCGCAGGGAUGUCUGAUCUUUUAA